AUGGAAGCAGGAGGAGAUGAGACACAAGUGCAAGUCCCACCAGCCGAAACAACAGCAGCUGCAGCAGACGAGAAAUUAGAUGUUAAAACUGCACUGCGAAGAGCUCUGAAAUCAGCAAUCGUUAUGGAUGGAGUAGCAAAAGGUCUUCAUGAAGCUGCUAAAGCUCUUGAUAAGCGUCAGGCAUAUUUUUGUGUGUUGGCUGAGAAUUGUGACGAGCCAAUGUAUGCAAAAUUGGUGGAAGCAUUAUGCAGUGAACAUCAGAUACCUCUGAUUAGAAUUAAAGACAAAAAACAGCUGGGUGAAUGGAUUGGGCUAUGCAAAUACGAUAAAGAGGGAAAAGCUCGAAAGGUAGUGGGAUGCUCGUGUGUAGUUGUUCGUGACUAUGGCCAAGAUGAUGCCGCACGAGCAUUUCUUCAGGAGUACUUUGAUAGCCAAAAGAAGAGCUAA